AUGGAAUAUACUAGAUUGGGAAACACAGGCUUAUUGAUUUCAAAGAUAUCUUUUGGAAAUAUGGUAAAUUUUGCCCCUGAGGACGAAGAAGUCAAUACAGAGAUUAUCAAAACAUGCUAUGAAGCUGGUGUUAAUUUCUUUGAUUCCGCAGAAUUUUAUGAAAAUGGCUAAGCAGAAGCUUAAUUAGGAAGAUCCAUUAAGAAAUUAAACAUUCCACGUGAAAAGAUAAUAGUUUCUGUUAAGAUACAGGGCAAUAACUUUGACGGAGGAAACAAAGUUAAUAGGCUAUUCACCCUUAAUCGUAAACAUGUGAUAGAAGGUGUUAAUGCAUCGCUUGCUAGAAUGCAACUAGACUAUGCUGAUAUUGCUUUUGCUCACAUUUAUGAUCCAGAUACACCUAUCGAAGAAAUUUGUAGAGGAUUCAAUCAAGUCAUUGAAGAUGGAAAAGCCUUUUAUUGGGGAACAUCUAAUUGGAAACCUUAAUAAGUCUAAGAUGCAUUCAACUACUGUGACAAGCAUGGCUUAAUCAGACCUGUUGUUGAGUAAUGUCCAUAUAACAUGUUAACAAGAAACAUCUUAGAAAAAGAUUAUGUUGAUAUAUUUGAAGUAGGGUAUGGUACAACAAUCUACAGUCCCUUAUAAGGGGGACUAUUGACUGGAAAAUAUAAUGAUGGUCUUAUCCCUUAAGGUAGUAGAGCAGGUACUGAUAAUGGAUGGUUAACAAAAGAAUUAUCUUAUUCAUUAAUCUUUAAAAAAUUUUUGGAAGAUCCUGAGUCAAUAGUGAAACUUAAAAAAUUAGGAGAUUUAGCACAAUCGAUAGGAUACACUCAAACUUAAUUGGCUAUCGCAUGGACUCUAUAUAACAAAAAUGUAUCGACUGCAAUCAUAGGGGCCAAGAAUGUGUAAUAAUUGAAAGAUUCCUUGAAAGCCUUUGAGUUAUAUAAGAAGUGGGAUAAAGAACUAGAAUAAAAGGUUGAGGCUAUCAUAUAAAACAAACCAUAAUAAGAAUAUAAUUGGUAAACUGGAAAACCUUUUCCUGAUAGGAGAUGA